UUUGGGAGAUCGAUUCUGUGUUUCACCCUGCUCUGUAAUAAUCUCUCAAGGACAGCGUAGUGUUGCUUAAUUUAUUGCAAAAUAAGUGGUGGUAGUAGUAUUAAUCUGGUAGUAGAUUCUGAUUAAAAAAUUUCUAUUCUGUAAGAAAAUCGAAAGAAAUGAAUAUUUAUCAUAAGGAAGAGCGAAUAGUAUGGAAUUACAUAACCUUCUACAUGUCAUUUAAAAUUACCUCAAAUGAUUUUAAAUUACUAGACAAUUAGGUUAUUUGUCAACGAAGUAGUUGAUGUUCCCGGCUUUUCAUUAAAACUUUAAUAAAGCCAAAUUUGCCAACUUCAAUGCCAAAAUAUUUGACUGUCAAAUAUACUAAGUAGUAAUUACAAUACUAAUUCUAAGAUAUGUUGGAUAUAAUUUCUUUGGUGCAAGGUGAGUUAAAUGUAAAAAUGGAUAUUCCUUUCAUAGAUUUAUUAGAUAAUAGUUAGAAACACAAAAUAUCACAAUAUGCACUAACCUUACUCUGGUGGUUGGGAGUAUUAAAUUAGUGGCUACAUCCUUUUGUAUACAAUGGUUUUGGGUCGCAUGUGUUAACAGUCGAACGUAAUUUUGUGCAAUAACAAAAGUAACGACAAUUCUAGUCAUAACUAAAAAUUAUUCGAAUUGAGACCAAUGACUUAUGCCAAAGAAAAACCUCGUAAACACGUUUGCAAUACCUGCAAUAAACAGUUCUUGGGUAGUAAUGAUUUGCGCAAGCAUAUGCGCAUUCAUUCAAAUGAACGUCCGUUUAUUUGUAAUGAGUGUAAUAGAGCAUUCCGGCAGGCCGGCUCAUUAAAGAACCAUAUAGCAUCACAACACUCAACGAACAUAAAAAGUCUAGAAAUGUACGUAUGCGAUUUUUGUCAAAAGGCAUUUCCAAUUAAAGAACGUCUGCGCUUGCACUUACGUACGCAUACAGGUUUAAAACCCUACCUGUGUUCGGUAUGUCCGAAGUCGUUUGCUCGUGGUGGUCAACUGGUACAGCACAUGCGCACUCACACAGGCUCUCGUCCCUACAUUUGUAAUAUUUGUGAAUCAUCGUUCACGUGUUCAGCGAACCUUAAGUCACAUAUUAAACGACAUCAGGAAAUUCGCGAUUAUGUUUGCGAUCUUUGUGGAAAAUCCUUUUUUCGACGAGAUGCUCUAAAGAAACACCUUAAUUGUUAUCAUGCAAAUGUUCGUGCUUUUCACUGCAAAAUAUGCAACAAGAUGCUUAAGGGACAUUUACCGCAACAUAUGCGUCUACACCGAAAUGAGAAGCCCCAUGGUUGUGCGCAUUGCCGGGCUCGGUUCGCACAGCGAUCACAACUCACUGUACAUCAACGUAUACACAGUGGUGAAAAACCUUAUAGAUGUCAAGUUUGUUGGAAAGCAUUCGCACAUUCUACCGCUCUUAAAUUACACACUAGACGUCAUACGGGAGAAAAACCAUUUCGUUGCAUUUUAUGUGAUAAUGUUGCUUUUUCACAAUUGCCGCAUCUUAAGAAGCACAUGUUCUGUAUUCAUAAAUCGGAUAAACCAUAUGUUUGCCAAUACUGUAGAUCUUUUUAUCGUACAAAAAAUGAUUUAGAACAUCAUCAGAGCGAUUGUGUCAAAGCUCCUGAUAGAGACGAGACUAAAGUAAUUGUUAAUGGUGUGGAACCACCUAUGCGAAUAGAAAAGAUGCGGUUAUUAUUGGCAGUUUUAUUAAAAAAAAUUUCUGCACCGGAACGGCUAGAGGAAUUGGGGUUUAAUAGAAAACUGAUUGAUGACGUGCUCAUGGAAUCGAUUGAAGGAUCUGGAAGAGAACCAUGUCAUGAUCCCACUCUUUCAGAUGCUGAAAGGUUAAAAACCAAUGUGCAAAUUCUUCUAGAUUGGACAGUUCCCAAACAUUACAUGGAAAAGUUUAAAAACGAGCAGCGUUCUACCGAAGAACUCUUAGAGGAAUUGACAUCAUAAUUUUAAUUAACUGUUACAGAUCAAGAAUUCUAAGAUGUAGAUUAAUAUUUUGUUUUAGGCUAUUAAAAGGAAAACAAAUUCUAAACCAAUUCUGUGCAAUUACGGCGAGUAGGACGUACUGUAUUUAAAACAAAGGAAUUUGUAGAGAAAACGAAGAAAUUAUUUAUAGAAGUACAGAUAAUUAAUUAAUUUUAAUUGGUCUUUAUAUCUCCUUAAUAACGACAUGGGAUUUAUUUUACUGUUUAUAAAUUAUUUGAACAAGACGUACCUACUCUCUUCGCCAGUGAAUACACCAAAGAUAUAUUUGAUGUCUUAUUAUAGAUUGAAAUAAGGCUUGGCCAUUUGAUAUUUAAUAGUAGGGUCAUUCUAUAAAAUGCAUUUAUGAUGUUUACAUAUGUAAAAAGUUAUCAUGCCACAUAAUGUUGCCAUAGCAUAAUUUUACGAAAAAAGAAAUGUAAAAUGUGUUUUCUAAUUAACGAGAAGUUGUACUUUUUUGUCUUUUAUUAAUUUAUAUUUUUGUUAAUCAGGUAGUAUACAAUUUGAGGUAUAGUUGACCAAAGAGCUUCACAAAAUUUAAUAGUAUAUUUUUAUUAUAAUAAUUAUAUUUUGUUAUAGAUUAUAGGUAUCAUUAAAGUUGUUAUAGUAUUGUUUUUAACAGUAGGGUAUGCUGUAUAGGUUAUACUCGGAUCUCAAAGGAUAAUUAUUGAGUAAUUAAACCAGCAAUUGUUUUGACUUUUACACGCUACCUGAAUUAUUAAUCUGUUAACUGGUAAGUUUUGGUUAAGCUAUUGACAUCUGACAUAGAGAUAAAGUUUGGUUUACAUUAUUAGUACAACAGAAAAAAGCGGUUGUUUAACAGGUAUUUUAGAGGGGAUGAUUGUACGUUUUGGUAAUAUUAUUUUACUAAGAUUCUUUGUUUUUUCUUUUAGUAAACACAUGCAUUUCUGGAGCAGUAUACCACAUAUAUAACUAAAUAUUGACUGCUGAUUAUACAUUGACAGUUGUUAUGUAUCCAGGUAUUUUAUUUUAAUAGAAGAAAAUUUUCUCCAAGUUAUAUUUUGUCUCUUGCUUCAUUUUUACUCUUAUUGUCAAACACAUACUUAAUUAAUAACCAUGUUGUUACUGUGCAUGGAGAAUUUAUUAUUUAUUUGUAUUUGGUUUCGGUUCAUCAAGAUUCUGGUUACUUUAACAGUAUUGCCUAGUAAAUUAGAAAAGGAAUCAUACAAAGUGAUUUCUCUAACUUUUAGUUCUUAUAAGCAACCGUAUGCGUUUUUUGCCAAAAGAAACUCGUACUUGAUUUUGAACAUUGCGAAAUCGAAUAGAUAAAUUUUUAUUGAUUUUACUCCAUAACUUUAACAGUGUAGAACUUCUCGAUGUUAUUUUUUGGAUGCCAUAAAAAUUCUUACACUUUCAUAGCAGCUAAGUAAUCGAUUCAACUAAGGUAGCUAUCAUAAUAGAUUAUGUCAAAGACAACAUAGCAUGGUUAAUGUCAGGCCCCGACAGUAAAUUUUUUAAUUUGAUUUUAUUAGGGGAUGCUUAUAACAAAAAGAACUCUAGGUUGUUAUUAUCUACAUGUACAUUAAUAUUUGAAUUAAGAAGGUAGAACUAUGCUUUACUAAAGGACAAUAAGGUGUUUCAAAGGCUUUUGAUCUCAAUGUUUUUUUUACCUGAAAGGCAUUUUUAGGGUUCCGUGGUGAACUAAUAACUCUUCGAGUUUCGGUUUGCUUGUGAGUCUGUAAACCAGUUCUCUUAUACUCGUUAUGUAAGAUAAAAUUUGGUGUAUGAAUCUAGACUCUAUUAAAUUAAUUUAUUGUGUUUCUUAUUUUUAGUUAUUUUCCAUUAUGACGGCAUAAAACAUGAUGGCAUUAAAAUAAAAAAGCGAGGAUUUCAUACUAUAGGGUGAUAACUUGAUUUUCUAUUAUUAGUAGCAUAAUAAUUCCAAUAAUGUGUGUUGAGAACAACAGCCAAUGGAAGUACCUUAUCCUUUAUUUCUACCGUUGCUUUUUGUUAAGUGCUCAGUGAAAUUCAUUUUUUUCUUUUUUGUUUCAUCACGAAAAACUCCUAGAGCUACUUCUAGUCCAGAAACUUAUUUUCUUGUUAGUAUGUUUUAUCUUCAGGCUGUCUAUAUUUGAUAAUAAAAGUCGUUAAGUACA